ACCAGACACUGCUCGGAACACUACAGUACUUAUUACAACAGCCACUACUAUUACUAUUACCAUUUCUGAUUCACUAAAUGAGGUAAGCAAUUCAUUUACUUUCCAUUGACAUGACUGCGCCCCGGGAAUCCUUUCUGCCUCGGCGAAUUUCGGAGCUCCAGCAUGUACUGUAUACCCCCCGGAGCUUCCCUCUCGGCCCUACGGGUCCUCGUCUGCCGAAUUGUCUCGACGAGUUGCCAUGUGCCCGCCUACCAUCUGAUAUUACUUAUAUCUACCUUGACCCACGCCUUUGUAGAUGUACUUCUUGCUAAUCCCUCAACUGCAGUGCUAUUAAGUCUAGCAACAACUUAUAGCGAACCUUCCUCCAUCCAGAACAAACCCUAAGAAACAACCACCUCCGAACCCUGAACUACAUACACCCUGAACUACAAUCCCGUUCAACCAUAGCAACA